UGUGAAGGACUACAUCUCCCAGCCGGCGGAGGGACCUCGCGUCGAGCGGCGCACCGCGGCGGCAGCAGCUGGUGCAGCCGACGACGCGACUUUGUUACCGCGGAGCCACCGGAGAGGAGUCGCUCGGACCGACGAGAGAGUCCACAGUCCGGGGCGACACGACCCGACCUGCGAUUCGGCGGCGGCAGCGGUGGCGUCAACUCGUCCCGCGCGUUUGAACUUUGUGGGGGGGGUUUUGGGCCGAAAAGGACAAAAGGAGGAGGUCUUUUGUUUGUCAAAGUUGAGCCGAAGAGGAGUGCGCUCCGCCAGGAUGUCGGACUGAGACAAAGGGGUCUGGGGGGCAUUCCCGUCGGAGCGGUGACGACUUGACGCUGCUUCGCCCCUCUGGAUGGGAAAGAUGGAGAGGGAGCUGCAAUGGUGGAAAGGACAGCUGGCUGCAGACAUCCACCAGUCGCUCCGCAUCAAGGAGUUGAAGUUACCAGUCUACCGGGCUCAUUCUCCGCAGAUUGGCAUGCGCCGGUACUUCGCAGACCUGCUGGCCAUCCUCAGUAAUCGCUAUCAGCUAUGUCCUACAGCACGCCACCUUGCCGUCUACCUGCUGGACUUGUUCAUGGACCACUACGAUGUGGCCGUCAAGCAGCUCUAUGUGAUUGCCCUCUCUUGUCUGCUCCUAGCUAGUAAGUUUGAGGAGAAAGAGGACCGGGUUCCCAAACUGGAGCAGCUGAACUCUCUGGGUUUCAUGUGCAGCCUGAACCUGGUGCUCAACAAGAAGGAUCUGAUCAAGAUGGAGCUUCUGCUGCUGGAGACUUUUGGCUGGAACCUGUGCAUGCCCACGCCCGCCCACUUUAUUGACUACUACCUCCACGCCUCGGUGCAAGAGGGCGACCUGUACAACGGCUGGCCCCUGUCGUCCCUCUCCAAGACCAAGGCCUUCAUGGACAAAUACACUCACUACUUUCUGGAAGUGUCACUGCAAGAUCACGCCUUCCUGAGUUUCCGACCAUCUCAGGUUGCUGCUGCGUGUGUGGCGGCAUCUCGCAUCUGCCUUCAGAUUUCCCCAAGCUGGACGACCGCUCUGCAUCUGCUGACAGGCUACACAUGGGACCACCUCACCCAGUGCAUCGAACUUAUGCUGCUUGCUCAUGACAACGAUGUGAAAGAGGCCAACAAAACCAAAUCCACUCCUCCUCACCGUCCCUCCUCCCUGCAGUCUCAGCCCCAGACCUCUCACCUCUCUCCGGCCAUCCAGAGACCGGCCUCCUCCUCGUCAUCCACCUCCUCCACCUCCUCCACACCGCAGCUACUCUUUCAGCCCGAUGGCUUCCCACACCUCUCCCAGCAUUCCCCCUCCCUGUCCCAGCUACAAGCGCUAGCUGAGUCCCAGGCUCUGGGGCCUGUGGUGAACAUGUCUCAGGACUUCCUUCAGAGCCACAGGAUGGGUUUGCUAACCGGGGCUCCCUCCAUGACUCCAGUGAGUGGGUUCCCCUCUUACCCGAGCCUGGCCUCUACUCUUCAGCCGGGUACUCGUGCACUGCCGCUCCAGGGCCCUAUCUCUGUACAGAUGGCCCUGGCAGGAGAGCCGCGACACUGUCUGAGUAUGGCCUACAGCGGGGGCUACCUGGGGGCUCAUCACACCUUCACAGCCGGCUGCUUUGACAGGUGACGCCAGGAGACGGAGAGGGAUCACAAACCCCCGCGGGACUGCACUACCAUGCGUGUGUCGCAGUUCCCUACCCUGAAUUAUCCAUUUGCAGACCUCCUCUCUCUCUCCGUCGGCACCGCUACACCUCCAGCUUGUCCAGCUCCCCCGUCCCUCUCAAAGACACGCCUAAAACGCAAGCAGAGGUCCAAAGGCAAGACAGACCCGGUGGAAGUCAUCACACUGACGUGACAAAUGCUCCACCGACUCACGAAAUACUGAGGCAUUGCAAAAAUUUUACUGCCAUAUUCUGAACUGUUAUUUUUUUUAUAAAUCUGUGUUAUUGUAGACUGUCAUCACUGUGAAUGAGAUGAAAGCAGCAGUGUGAUCGAACACCCACCUCAUUCAGUGCCUCUUCUCAGUUGUGUGAUAGCUGAGCCAAUUUGAGACGUGCACAGAACACAAAGUAUCUGUGACAAGGGUGUCUUGCUGCUUGACAUGUUUUUUUUUAAUUUUUAAAUUUUUUAUUUGUAAUCCCAAAAAUGUAACACAUUUAGAGAGAAAAAUUGACUGAUGCCGUUUCUUGAUCCACAAUUUGAGAGAAGAUUGGAAGAAGAAACAUGCUUGUUGCUGACUCGGCAAGAAACAAAAACACUAUGCAUGUCAGAGACAUCUUUGGUCGAGUCCUUAAUGUCAGCGAACAUUGAUCUAACACCUGUAGGCUCUGUUACAGCUGAAGGGCCCCUCUGGGUGUUUCUCACCACAUUAGACUUCAAGAGGGGACGAAUAAUUCAUUGUGUGCAUCAGGUGAAGUCCGCAGCUCGAAAUACGCCAGCAGUGUUUCUGAUUUUUAUUUUUUUAAUUUUUUUUCGCUGACAUCUCUUCUCUCCCACCUCCAAAGUCGAGCCCUGUUGCAGAGCCAUCACACAACCUGGGUGAAAACGUGGCUCCCCUGAAGCUGCACGCUUUGUCAUACUAAAGUUUUAAUCUCUCCAGCGCUCAAAGAACUGAACACAAACGGACGUGUUCCGACCAGCCCGGCGGAGAGACCUUGGACGUUGGUUGUGUAUUGUACAUAUGAAUUGCUGCUGCCUUCUUAUGACCUGUUGGUUCUGUGUCUGUGUUAAUGACUCCAAUGUUUACAUGAACCACUAAGUAUCAGGGACUUGAACAAGAUUACUUGAAUAUGAUGCCAUUGAAACAUGCCAUAGCUUUUAUUUAUGACGACUCUUGUUCUUGAUUUUUAAGUUUAAAAAAAAUUUAGUUUAGCUUUUUUUUAUACCAACUUAGAAACACCCCAUUGGUUAAUAAUAUUUUUCUUUGUAACCUUUCAUAGAAACUGUCUAUUCAGGCUCAGGUUUGAAGGCUGAAUUUAGCAGCCUCCUCAUUAUUCCUUACGAUUAUGCUUUAAAGCUGAUGCUACUGCAGUGUCUGUGGGGUCUGAGAUGUUCCCCUUCCUCAUCACUAGACCACACUCUGCUUACAGCUCCACAACUGGAGGGACAGAACAGCGUGUUUGUGUCGCAGUGGAACAACCUCGUGGUCACUGGUUUCACACACACAAACAUCUGUACCCAGUCGUCUGUAAUUGCUUCCAAGAUUUUCUAAAGCUGCAAUCCCCACUCUUCCACUUCCUGUUUAAGUAUAAACACAUCCAGAUUCCCUGUGCCCGUUCCGCUCAGUGGUUGCCGUGGCAACACCUUAAAUGACCGUGGGCCGAAGCUUGUGGCCUGUCGCUGAUUGAGUUGUGACAGAAGUAGGGCAGCGACUAAAGGUUGUUUUCAUUGACGAUCAUUGUCUUGAUUAAACUGUCAAAUUUCAUAUACUAACGUUUUUGACAAAUUUACAUUUUUACAUUUCGAUAGAAACUAUAAUUAAAUCCAUUAACAUGCCUGCUCAACCAUUUGGGAAAUGUUGAUGUUGUUCUUGAAGAAACAAUUAAUAACUUGGAUUUAAUGGUUGCAAUUUCUUUCACAAACAUCGAAACAACCUGCAGUUUAAAUUAUGUGACGUUAUCUCAUCAAACUGUUUGACUGUAGACACAGGACGUGUUAUUGUGUUUGCAUUGUCCUCAGCACAGCAGCUGUUCUGCCUGAGCUGUGACUUCAUCUCUCAGUUAACACUACACGCAGCCCCGUGAAUACUGCAACACCCCGACUUCUAUAAUCCUGAAUCACCGGAUCUCUAACAGCUAGGUAUGUUUGUUUUCCCACCACUGAAGAGAACAUGCUCAUUUAUUUUUCAAUGAUAUGAAUUAAGUUACUCUACCUUUUGUUCUGCUAACUAUUAUGUACAGUUUUUUUAUAUUUUUUACAUUCCCUUUGUGUUCAUUGUAUUUUAGUUUCAAGCUUUUUAUGAUCCUCUAGACAAAUGCUGUUGAUGAGAACUAUUUUUUCUUCUUCUUAAGAGUUCAACUUGCUCUUUUCCUCAUUAUUCAUGAGCAACUUCUCACUGAGGUGUCAAAGGUGCAAUAAGUUGUUAUUUUCUCCGUUUAAACCGACCACAGCCGUCACUGUCUCGUGUACACCACUGGUUCAUCUUUUUCUAACUUAUUUUUUGAUGAUUGUGUGAUUUGACUCGCUGUAGCUUGGUUUCCUCUAGAGGGCAGUGGGCUCUGAACACAAUGAAUAUGUUGCAUAUUGCAGCCACUUCCUUUGAGUGAUAGAUAUUACUGAAUGCUUUUGUCUCUUUAGCUUUAGUUCUACUGUGCAUUUUUCCGUCCCGUGAAAAGUGCUGUUGUCACUCACACCAAAAAAAAUUAAAAGCAAAACACUUCUCUUAUGUGUUAGUGAUGAAAUGACACCACAAACUCCCAAUCAAUAUUUUUUUUUAAUUAUUUUGUACCAAUCUGUAGUCUCGUUUAAUGUGACACUGAAUGAUGGAAGAAAUUCUGAUCAUAAUGUGCCAUGGAAAAAAUAAAUCACAAGUGAACUGA